UAACAAAGUAUCGAAAACAACCUCAUUUCACCUUUUUGUAAUCGUUUAUUUCCUCAAAUUUGAUUAUAUUAGCCGCCUGUGUGUUCUUCAUCUUCUUGGAAGAUAUGUAAACUAUAGUUUUACAUCCGUUCACCGGGCAGAACUUUUGGUCCUAUCAAAAAAUUUGCAUCCAUACAGUAAGCAUGUCUAUCAUCGGCCGAAAUUUGUUGAAGGUGGCUGUCGCAAGGCCCAAUGUUCCCUUGAUAUCCAUAAUUCCAGUGCGAUUUCGUAGUACUAAACAUUGGAAUCCAAAAUGGAAAAAAUUAAGAGGCCUCAAAGUCCAAAAAUUAGAUUUACCAGACUUUCAUAAAGAUAAAGACAUGAAAGAUCUCCCAAAUAUGUCAGCAGAAGAAGUAAGAUCGUUUUUCAAGGAAAGAGGUAUACAACCCACACGCCCGUGGCGAGAGCGAGAUAUGUUUCUAACGUGCACCAGGAGUAUUUUUGAAUCAUAUGUUCCUCCUGAAGGUGAUGGAAAAGUUUCUGUCCUCUCUAAGGAAGGUGUUGCACAACAAUUGUCCUUUUUGAAAAAGAAGACCAACAGUUGGAAAGCUGUUCGUAAAAUAAGAGAAUAUGAAGAUGGAUUUGAGUUGUAUCCAAAUUUUGUUGAUGAAGCCCAAGACUGCUAUAUCAAGGCACACCAAGCUUUAGCGGAGAAGGACAAAGAGAAAUUAUUGGACUAUGUAACUGAAUAUGCUUAUGGAGCUAUGGUCGAAGGGAUUGACAAUAAAACAUUUCGCUGGAAUUUCAUCAAAUCCUUGGAGGCCCCCAAAGUUGUUCAUGCUCGAGAAACUAGUGCUAUCACUGAUAACAACAUAUUUGCUCAACUAACAGUGCGGUUUCACACUCAACAGACCUUAGCAAUUUAUGACAGAUUCGGUCGACUAAUGUAUGGAAGUGAAGUUGUGGCGAAAGAUGUACUGGAAUAUGUUGUGUUUGAAAAGCAUAUUAUAAAUGUUUACGGUAAAUGGAGGGUUCACGAUAAAAUCAUACCAGAUUGGAUGCCCCCCAGAGAACCUCUAUCAAAAACCCAAGUCAUUCCAAGUGGUCCAACACAGGCUGAGAGCACCCCAGAAGUUGCAACUGCACAGGUCAGCACCCCAGAAGUUGCAACUGCACAGGUCAGCACACCACAGGAAAAACCAGCUGUUUCAUCCUAAUCUUAAAGGAUAAAUAUCUCAAAAUUUGAGUAGUUUUUUUGGCAUUUUACCCCUAAAAUUUUACUCAUUUGUUGCGCUCAUGUUUUACUUGAUCAAAUUAUGGCUUCUUUCUCAGACAUAAAUUGAGAUCUCUUAUCAGUAUAUUACACUGAAGACCUUCUUUCUGUACAUAAAGAGAACAUACGACCAGUUAAAGAUGCGUUGAGAGUAGCUUAUUAAUCAACAAUUUUAUAAGUGCUGCUGUGCUGAUCUGAAAAGGAGUAUGAACUUUUAGACAGUGGCAAAUUUCUUCGAAUAAAAUGAACCAUCUGGAGAACUUAGGGGCUCUUUUCUUUAUUUUUUCUGAAGAAUUUAAUUCACAGUUUUAAAUAGCAUAUCCAAACAUUACAAAGAGAAAUACUUUAAUUGUUCUCUUAAGUGAAUUUUUUAAUAGAGAUAAUUCUUCAUUAAUGGAAUAAGCGUUCUUCAUAGUAUCAAAUAAUCUUUCUCCUUCCAUGUACUGAAAGAUGUAACAUUUUCACAACAUGAACAUUUGAUAACUGAUACGCUACGCAAAGGUUGAUGAAAUGCUUACCAAUAUAGUUAUAAAGAAGUGAGUGCCUAUGUUAUAUAAAUGACGUGUGAAAUAGGACUAUUCUUCAAUGAUGGAAAUGGAUCAUUAAUUUGUAUACCUUAUGUGGACAGCCGGCUGUAUUAAGAAAACUUAUCAUACAAUUUGAAUACAUAUUUGUUAUAAUUGGAUUACAUUUUGCAAUAAGGAACCACUAUUUCUGGCUCUCUCAUAAAAGCACUUAUCUGCAUAGGAAAACCAAUGGCAUGUAUGUUGUUUCUAAAAUAGACCAGAAAUAAUGGUUCCUUUUUGCAAAAUGUAAUCCAAUUUUAACUGUUGAACAACUCAGCUUUUGUAUUUAUUCAUUCACAACUGUCUGUUCAGUUUAUUAUCACCUUUGUUCACUCUAAAACUGUCAGUGGUCAGCAAAGCCAAAAAUGUCUUUAAAAUGACAUCCUUAGGGUCCUUUUUACUUAUACGUUCUGGUUUCGAUCAUGUAUGAAAUCUAAGUCUGUUUUCCAUCAUUUACUAACGUCCAGGAUUUCCUUUUCUCUAUUUUUCAUCCUUGAGUUUUGGGGGUGAGAAAUUUUUGCAUUUCAAUAUUACAAUGAAGAGCUGAAAAUUUCUUAAUUUCUCAGCUGUUGCACUUAUUUUUUGUGUGCUACUUGCAAAAUGUUUGUUUAAUUUUUUCAAUAAAUUGAUUUUUUUCUUUAAAAAAAA